UUAAAUCAGGUGGACGCCAGCUACGGACGCAGUUUGAUUGUAACACUCGCGCCAAACUGACGCCCUUACGUUCAGAAAUUUAAAUUGCCGCGCGAAGUGACAGUUGGCUCUAUUUUCAUUUAUUAAAUUUAACAAUACAAUAUCCUUCAGUGCUUUCGGUUUGAAUAAAAUGUAUAACAGUUGAUUAAAAAAUGUUCUUAAAUUAAUUGGCGAGUAAUAAAAAAAUCUGCUUUAAGUUUUCACUUAAUUUUUUUUUAUUCGACUGCUCUAAGUGUUUAUAGCUGUCAUGAUGAAUGUAUUAUAUUCGCUGCUGUUCUGUGGGCUGGUGAGCGUAACGACGGCGUACUGGCGCCCGGGACUGCCGCCGGGGCCGUACUGCGGCAUCAACAACCAGUGCUGCACCGAUCGCAAGGAUGACUGCUCACAUCGGAUACGAGAUACUCUAUGUUACUGCGAUCAAUUCUGCAACCGCACUCACGACGAUUGCUGUCCUGAUUACGAGGAAGUUUGCCUCGGGAAACCCUCGAACAUUCUGGAGCCGUGCAAGCAUAACGGCAAGUUGUAUUUCAAGGGGGACAAGCGAAUGGAUAACUGUAAUACAUGUGAAUGCGUCCAAGACCCCUACACCAACCAGCCUCAGUGGAGCUGUGAACGCGACGCCUGCAUCAUCAGUGAUGACGUCAUCUAUGGUGUCAACAGAGGAAACAGCUGGAGGGCCUACAACUAUACUCAGUUCUACGGAAAGAAGCUGAGAGACGGGAUCAUAUAUAAGCUAGGUACAAUGCCAUUGAGCCACGAAACAAGACGCAUGGGUCCGAUCAGAUACGACAAGGAUAUACCGUAUCCAAGGGAUUUCGACGCUCGCCGCCGCUGGCCCAACUUCAUCUCGCCGGUGGUAGACCAAGGAUGGUGUGGCUCGGACUGGGCGGUCACCAUAGCUACCGUCGCUUCUGAUAGGUUCGCGAUCCAGUCGAACGGCGCUGAGAGGAUGGUGCUGUCCCCUCAGGUGCUGCUCUCUUGUAACAUCAGACGUCAGCAGGGCUGUCGCGGCGGCCAUAUCGACGUAGCCUGGAACUUCGCCAGAGGCCACGGUCUCGUCGACGAGGAAUGCUUUCCUUACAAAGCCGCGACUACCAGCUGUCCCUUCAGACCGAAAGCUAAUCUCAUAGAGGACGGUUGCCGGCCUCCGGUCCGCCAAAGAACCUCCCGCUACAAGGUGGGUCCUCCCGGGAAACUCGCCACAGAAAACGACAUCAUGUACGACAUCAUGGAGUCCGGGCCGGUACACGCCGUAAUGACGGUACACCAGGACUUUUUCCACUACCACGAUGGUAUCUACCGCCGUUCUCCGUACGGUGACAACACCCUUCAGGGCUUGCAUAGCGUCAGGAUCGUAGGUUGGGGAGAAGACAGAGGAGAUAAAUACUGGGUGGUUGCCAACAGCUGGGGCUGUGACUGGGGUGAGAACGGCUACUUCCGUAUAGCGCGGGGCAGCAACGAGUCCGGCAUCGAGUCGUUCGUGGUCACCGUUCUCAGUGACGUCACUGAGGCCUACCAAAAGAAAUAACACCCGAAGUACCUGAUCACAGCCCUGUGCGUUGUUAGCAGACCAGUCAAGACCAACAGAGGCUGGAUCCUGUUGAACAGCACAAGGAAUCACGGUGAUUUCGUUUAGGGCGUGAAUUUCUGGACGAGUAGUUCAAACUUCAAAUUGACAUUUCAAGUUCUAGCCGUCAUUGUGUUCGAUGAGGUUCUAUAUGUUUGACGUUUGUUACUGGCGAUGUUGUUUUCGUAAUUGAGAAUUCUCCCUUUUAAAUUUCGAACGACGUACUGUGGUACUUAUUUUUUUACGAAAGUAUUUUCUAGAUUUUUAGCGUAAGGCAUGAAAUGUCGUUAGUUUAGAUAUUUUUGCUGACAUUAUUUUUAUAAUCUAUAGAAAUAUAUUAUAACGGAAUUAUAAAAUUUAAAGUAUGUAAGCUAUCUCAAAAAGAAUCAUGUCUGUAUGUAUGCUUAUGUUAUAAUUAGCAUGUGAAUACAAGUGAAUCCAUAACUGCCAUUUAUUUUAAGAUAAGUCCAAUUUACAAAUCCAACUUACUAUUUUGUUAAAAAAUUAUAAAAAAAUAUGUUAAAUCCCAUGUAAAAGCACAUUCAGUCUCUCAUAACUAGUCUUAGUAAAACUAAAAUUCUAUUUUUAAAUAACUUUAUUAUCUGUCUUAAUUAUAAUAGACAAUAAAAUGUAUACUUAUGAUGUUGUAGGGUAAACAGGUGUCAUCGUUAAAAUAUGGGCUACCUAUUAUUCUGCAAUUAUGAAUGCGUUUGGAAUGUAGUUUGUAUAACAAAGAUGCUGUGCGGAAUGUAUGAUAUGAAAAAAAAGUAUAUAUUUGUAUGAAAAAUCAACAAGAGAACAUAUUUUUAUUUCAUGUUAUACAAAAUUCAUAGGAUAUGUUUUAAACUUAAGCAUUAACAAUUGUAUUUAUUCUUAAUAAUAUUUUAAUUGUAACAAUGUUCAUAAAUAUAAAAUACAUUUUA